UAUAAAGACCUGCAAACUUAAAUAUACUUAAAUUAAUUGAUUUUUUGAUAAUGUUUCAAUACCUAUUUGUCGUGGCAGUCUUUUCGUCAGCUUGUGCUGUCGAAUUUGAGAUUGUAAAUAAAGAAAUUGGUGCCAUAUGGGUAGGAAUACAAGGAAAUUCUGGUAAGGAAGCCUUAGCAAAUGGUGGAUUUAUUCUUGAAGCAGGAGCUAGUAGAUCACUGCAAGCGCCAGAAGAUUGGGCUGGUCGAUUUUGGGCACGAACGUGGUGCGACAUAAAUACUCAACAUUGCGCCACAGGUGAUUGUGGAAAUAGAAUUGAAUGUGGAGGCAACGGAGGAGCACCUCCAGCAUCCCUGGCUGAAAUCACCCUAAAGGGAUAUGGAGGCAUAGACUACUACGAUAUAUCCCUAGUCGACGGCUUUAAUAUAGCCGUUAGCUUUGAACCUGUAGGUGGAAGCGGCGACGGAAGCCAGUACAGCUGUAAAAAAUGUGGAUGCGAACGUCAUUUGAAUGACAACUGUCCUGACGCGCUUCGAUUGACAACAGAACACGGCACUGUAGGAUGCAAGUCGGCAUGUUUGGCCUUCAACACCGACCAGUACUGCUGCCGAGGCGCCUACGGUACUCCAGAAACGUGUAGAAGUUCAGAUUGGCCCGUGAAUUAUCCGGAAUACUUCAAAUCUAACUGCCCUGAUGCUUACAGCUACGCUUAUGAUGACAGGAAGAGUACUUUUACUUGUAAAGCUGAGAAGUACAUUGUUACUUUUGGUAUUUAAAUAAAGACUUAAUU